AUGGCGACAGACCAUGCGAUCAUCGCCGAGCGACCGAUGGAGUUGCCAUCGCUCCCGCCCAACCAGGGCUUGGAGGCCAUGAAGGACAUCGUCUUUGGUUCGACUGCAGGAAUGGCCGGUAAACUGAUCGAAUACCCUUUCGACACCGUCAAGGUCCGACUUCAAUCGCAACCCGAAACCCUCCCACUCCGAUACAAAGGACCGCUGGACUGUUUCCGCCAGUCCUUCCAAGCAGAUGGGUUCCGCGGACUCUAUAGAGGCAUCAGCGCACCGAUGACCGGUGCCGCCGUGGAAACCAGCUGUCUCUUCUUCAGCUACCGCCUCAUUCAGGAUGCCCUGCGCGCCACCAUCUACCCCAACAUGGAACACCUCCCCUUCCUCGCUCUUAUUGCCAGCGGCGCCCUGUCAGGCUCGGUCACAUCGCUGGCCCUCACACCUAUUGAACUUGUGAAAUGCAAAAUGCAAGUCCCGGCCGAGUCAGCCAGUCUCAAGCCCGCUGGCCCAAUGGCCAUCAUUACCACCAUCUUCCGCCAGGAAGGACUGAUUGGAUUUUGGCGUGGCCAGAUGGGAACUUUGAUCCGAGAGACCGGUGGAAGCGCCGCCUGGUUUGGCGGAUACGAGGGUGUCUCUGCUCUCUUCCGCGCCUACAACAAAAAGCACAGCCAGCAUCAGGAUUCGCUGGCUCUCCACCAACAGAUGAUUGCCGGUGCAACCGCCGGAAUCAGCUACAACUUCCUCUUUUACCCUGCCGACACCAUCAAAUCGCGCAUGCAGACGGAAGACAUCUCCCGACUGCCAGUCAGUGCGCAGAGGCAGACCUUCUGGAGUGUGACCAAGGCGCUGUGGAGACAGCAGGGGCUGAAGGGCAUGUACCGCGGGUGCGGGAUCACCUGCGCGCGUUCGGCGCCUAGCUCGGCUUUCAUUUUCUCCGUUUAUGAAGGGUUACGGUCACACUUUGGUUGA